AUGGAGUAUGGCAGACUGGGUGGGUGUCGAGUCAUCUGGGACUCGCCCAAUGCUCGACUAUCGCCAUGCGCAGUCGCAUAUUUUUGCCUGGUCCCAGCGGCUAUCAUUCUAUGGGCUUCACUGAGCCAUGUUCUUCAGAAACUGCCUUUUGUCCGCCGGCCAAAAUGGGCCACGCCUUUUGUUAAAGAAGUUCCCCCAGGUGCAGACCUGCCUUUGGAGCAUGCAAAGCAUCGUCUGGGCUGGGUCAUAUGUCUCUUGGUGGUUUCAUCCAUUGGUGCCGCUGCGCAAGUCAUUAAACUCGUGCUUAAUGACCCGGAUCUUGCUAGUUUUAUUCUUCUUUUUUCUUGGUCGGGGGCUGUACUACUGACGGCUAUUGAGCGCCCGAGGAAGUGUCCGACAGUACUUUUCCCAUACUUCCUGACUACAGGGAUCAUAGAAUGUGCUUUCAUCGUAAACCGCGAUGCUUAUGCAGUAUCUAACUUGUUUGGUUUUCAGCUGGCAGCAGCGGCCGCUUUAUUGGGUUGCGCUGUCACGCUUGCAAUGCCCCUUCGCCCGGCUUCGCUUCCCUGCAUUGAUAUCAGUGCCGUGGGGCAGAAACCGUCCAGUAAUUUUCGAAGUCCGGAGGACAAUCUGCGGCUCUGGCAAUUCUUCACAGUAUCCUGGAUGGCUCCCUUGAUGGCCAUAGGUAAAAAGCGGCAGCUAGACGAAGAUGACGUUUGGUAUCUCGGGUUCGAGUUUCAGCACAAGAGGCUGCACGAGAAGUUUCGGCAGCUCCAGGGAAGUGUCCUUAGCCGCCUACUUCAGGCCAACGGCAUCGAUAUUUUUAUUAUUAGCGCAAUUUCAAUCGUGCAAAUGAUAUGUGGUCUGACACCCUCCCUAUUAGCUGCGCAGUCGCGAGUGUUGAAUCUGUGGUACGGAAGAAGAUGCUACGAACGCAGUCGUGGUGAAAUGAUGAUGAUGGUGUACGAGAAAGCUUUGGUGAGGAAAAAUGUAUUCGACCAAGCCCCCGGUGAUAAGCCUGCGGAAGAUGAGCAGCAACACGAAGAGCAAGCUGGUACUUCCCCGAAAGUAUCUUGGCUCUGGAGAUUUUUGACCUCGUGGCGAGCACCUCGUAAAGAAAAGUCCAAAGCUCCAGUUUCGAUGGGAAAAAUUUUCAAUCUCCUUCGCGGUGAUGUAUAUGAGGUGGCUCAGCGGUUCUGGGAGAUUGACACAUUGCUAAAUCAACCACUGGGCUUGGUGAUAGCAGUGGUUCUUGUCUGGAAAGUGCUUGGACCGUCCUGCUUCCUUGGAAUCUUGGUAAUAUUAGUGGCGCAGUCUAUUAAUGCACUAAUCACUCGCACGCUUCUUCGCUGGGAGAGAGUGCGAAGGGUUGCAACGGACGCGAGGCUUCAGGUCUCGUCUCAGUUUGUGGAAGCACUCCGCCAUCUCCGUUGGUAUGGUUGGCAAGACCACUGGCUUCAGCAAGUCAUGGAGGCUCGUAAUGUCGAGUUAAGACUUCGCGUCAUAACUAGGCUAUGGGGUCUUGCCAUUACCUUUGUCAGUACCUUUGCUAGCGGCCUCUUUCCCGUCGUGGCUCUUUAUGCCUAUACGCUGUUGGCCGGCCAUCCGCUAAGCAUUGACAUUAUAUUUCCCGCACUACAACUCUUCACUAUGCUUGAGGCUCGGCUUAGCGAAAUACCGAGUUUGAUCACUGUGUUAAUCAAUGCGUCUAUUGCUAUGGAGCGGAUAGAAGACUUUAUGACUGAGCCUGAUAAGGAAAGCAGGGCUGUCACAUCGUUCGGAGAUUCCGCUCCACUACGGCUGCAGUCUUGCUCCUUUGCUUGGCCUGGAAAAACCUCACCUGUCCUAUCUGAUAUCGACCUGAGCUUCUCUCCGGGUCUCACUGUUAUCUACGGUAAGGUGGGAUCUGGGAAGACAGCUCUCCUCCAAGCGCUCCUGGGCGAGCUAGACAGAACAAAAGGAACUUCCUGUAUAUCCAGUGAAAUGAUGGGAUAUUGUGCGCAGACACCUUGGCUGCAGAGUAUGAGUAUCCGGGAUAACAUUUUGUUCUCCUCUCCGUACGAUGAGCAGCGAUACAAGCGAGUAUUAGACGCUUGUGCACUACUUCCGGAUCUGUCCAAUUUCAAGCACGGCGACCUGUCAUUUGUUGGUGAGAAUGGGAUAGGGCUUUCUGGAGGACAGAAGGCACGCGUUGCCCUCGCUAGGGCGGUUUACAGCACGGCUAGGAUAUUGCUGCUUGACGAUCCUUUGUCAGCACUGGACCAUAAUACGGCCGAGACAAUUGUUCGAAAGUGUCUAACAGGCCGUCUAAUGGAUGGUCGUGUAGUCGUUCUAGUCACGCACCGCAUCCAACUUGUUCGUCAUCUUGCUAACCAGAUUGUGCGCAUUGAGGAUGGCCGGGCGAUGGUGGAGUCUGCUGAGUCUGUGGAGGAUGGUGUCGACGAAAUAAGUGAUAGUCAGAAGGCCUCAAACAAUCCCGAUGCAGUGGAUGAGGCGGAGCUUGAAGACCACUCAGCGGCCGUUCCGUCCAAGUUCAUUGAGGAAGAACACCGCGCUGAAUGGGGCGUCAAAGCGGCAGUCUACUGGAAUUACAUCAAAGCUGGAAAGUACAGGUGGUGGUUGGCACUAAUCAUUGUGAUUUCGGUAUAUCGUCUAGCUGCAAUCGCGCAGUCCUGGUUUCUGAAGGAAUGGGGAGAGGCAUAUAACGAAGUCACCAACGUGUUUGGGCACCCUACCUGGGAAUCUGCCUCUGAACAGUGGACAACAUUCUCAGCCAUACCAAGGCCACUGUGGUGGAUGCCACCAAAUCCACUUGACAAGUUCCCUGCGCCGAUUGAGGACGUGCGGCCGUGGUUGCUGGUCUUUCUCGAAGUUACGACAUUCACGGCUGUCAUAAUGCUUAUUGCUCGACUCUUCAUGCUUAUCAUCGUUUAUUGCGCGGGUCAGAAGCUCUUCCAGGAAGUUAUGCAGGGCGUCAGCCAUGCAACCUUCAGAUACUUUGAUGUGACUCCUGUCGGGCGGUUGAUGAACAGACUGACAUCAGACAUCGGUGUCGUUGAUGGUGAUAUCAGCCAGCAAUUUCAGCUCAUUGCCUUUCAAAUAAUCACCUGGAUAUCCUCCGUGCUUGUCAUCGCCUCCGUCAAGCCAAUAUUCCUCGCCUUCUCAGUAUUAUUCACCACCAUAUUUGUAUACACAUUCCUGCAUUUUCUCCCAACUUCACAGAGUCUCCGACGGUUAGAAAUGGUUUCCCUGAGCCCUCUGAUAUCCAACUUCGGCGAGCUCCUCCACGGCCUAACCACAGUUCGCGCUUUUCAUGCCGAGCCCCGUUUCCAGGACAGGGUAAUAACUGUUGUCGACAAGUUCCAAGGCAUGGACCACUUCUACUGGUCCCUACAGACCUGGCUCUCCUACCGUUUCCAGAGCCUUUCCGCCCUCUCCACUUUUGCCCUGACUGCUCUAGCCCUCUACACUGACGUAACCCCGGGUCUCGCAGCGUUCGCCCUCAUCGCAGCAAACAGCUUCAUAAUCUCCACCAACAUUCUUUGCAGACAGUAUGGCCAACUGCAGAUGGAUUUUGUAUCAGUCGAACGCGUCGACGAGCUCCUUCAUGUUGACCAAGAGCCGCCAGGAACAAUUACGCCUCCAGCGUCCUGGCCGAGAUUCGGGGCGGAUAUCGUCUUUGAAAAUGUUGAAAUCCGCUACGCGCCACAUCUAGACCCGUCCCUGAAAAACAUCAAUCUCCGGAUCCCCGGCGGCUCAACAACAGCCCUGAUCGGCCGAACCGGAAGUGGGAAGUCAACUCUCGCAAUCUCGCUGCUUGCAGUGGCCACCCCGGCCCCUCCCCUAGACCCAGGCUCGAGUUCAAGUUCCGGUCAGAUCCUCAUUGACGGUAUCGACAUCUCCCAGGUCGACAAACAGGCCCUUCGCUCCCGUGUCACCUUCGUCGCCCAAGACCCGGUCCUAUUUGCCGGCAGCAUCCGCAAAAACCUUGACCCUGUUUCCGAGUACACAGACACCGAAUGCGAAGCCGUACUGAACCGCAUCUGCAAUGGUAACAGUAACGGCAACAACGGUGGCAACAAACGCAACUGGACACUAAGCACGAACGUCGAUGCCGGUGGCCGCAACCUUAGCCAGGGCGAGCGCCAACUUAUUGGCAUUGCCAGGGCCGUAUUGCGCCGUAGCCCGAUUGUAAUUUUGGAUGAGGCGACGGCAUCGAUCGACAAUGAGAGCUCGCUGGAGAUUCAGCAAGUGCUUAGGGAGGAGAUGAGGGAGUCGACAGUUGUGACGAUUGCACAUCGGCUGGAGGCGAUCAAGGAUGCGGAUUAUUUUGUUGAGUUGGAAGGGGGCGCUGUAAAGAGGAGCGGGUUUGUGAGGGAAAUAAAGACUUGA